CAAACACAUACACACACUCCCUCUCCGAGCCGGACAGCACAGCCCCCUGGCCCCGGCAGCCCGGCAGCGGAGGACACAUCCAGGCGCCGCAGCCCGCUGUGACAGUGGACCUAACGUCGGCUUACUUUGUGGACAUGGGAGACAUGGGGGAUCCGCCGAAAAAGAAGCGGCUGGUGUCUCUGUGCGUGGGCUGCGGGAACCAGAUCCACGACCAGUACAUCCUGCGGGUCUCCCCGGACUUGGAGUGGCACGCUGCCUGUCUGAAAUGCGCCGAGUGCAGCCAGUAUCUGGACGAGUCCUGCACAUGCUUCGUCCGGGACGGAAAGACUUACUGUAAACGGGACUACAUCAGGUUAUACGGGAUUAAAUGCGCCAAAUGCAACAUCGGCUUCAGUAAGAACGACUUCGUGAUGCGGGCCCGCUCCAAGGUCUACCACAUCGAGUGUUUCCGCUGCGUGGCCUGCAGCCGGCAGCUCAUCCCGGGCGACGAGUUCGCUCUACGGGAGGACGGGCUCUUCUGCCGGGCGGACCACGACGUAGUGGAGCGGGCCAGCCUGGGCCCCGGAGACCCGCUCAGUCCGCUGCACCCCGCCAGACCGCUGCAGAUGGCAGCAGAACCAAUCUCGGCCCGGCAACCUGCGCUGCGGCCUCACGUCCACAAACAGCCGGAGAAGACCACCCGGGUCCGGACGGUGUUAAACGAGAAGCAGCUGCACACGCUGCGGACUUGCUACAACGCGAACCCGAGGCCCGACGCCCUCAUGAAGGAGCAGCUGGUGGAGAUGACCGGCCUCAGCCCGCGAGUGAUCCGGGUCUGGUUCCAGAACAAGCGGUGUAAGGACAAGAAGAGGAGCCUGCUGAUGAAGCAGCUCCAGCAGCAGCAGCCAAACGACAAGACGAACAUCCAGGGAAUGACGGGCACCCCGAUGGUGGCGGCCAGUCCGGAGCGGCACGACGGCGGCAUCCAGGCCAACCCGGUGGAGGUGCAGAGCUACCAGCCGCCCUGGAAGGUCCUCAGCGACUUCGCCCUGCAGAGCGACAUCGACCAGCCGGCCUUCCAGCAACUGGUCAGCUUCUCGGAGGGAGGACCGGGCUCGAACUCGACGGGCAGCGAGGUAGCGUCCAUGUCGUCCCAGCUUCCAGACACGCCGAACAGCAUGGUGUCCAGUCCCAUCGAGGCCUGAGCAGGACGCGCAAUGGACGGACUGAACUGAACACACAGCACCCCCUUCCCCUCCCCCUCCCCCCAAUACAUCCCACCCCACCCCCCUCCUGCCCGACUGCACCAAGCAACCCCCCUGGUUGUAUUUUGACACUGUGAAGACAAUCAUGGGAUUUUACCAUAGCCACCCAUUCUAACGCCCCGGGUGGACGUUAGAGUGUCCACUGUCCAUCCAUGCGUCAUCAUGGCCGGUGCUGCCUGGUUAACAGUUGCCAAAACGAGAAGACAUGACCGUUACUCCACCGAUCAACGGGACCUCUGAGUAGGAGCCACAUCCGGACUCUAACUCCAUCUAAACGCUGUGCGCUACUCUGAAUAGAAAACAAUGACUGGUGAUUUUUUUAAAAAUUCAUAAACGCACUUCAUCAUAUAAUAGAGCGUUUGGAGGGAACAGCACUGCUUCUUCAUUUAAUUACACGAUUUCCUACAUGACCCAAGUACUAAAGCAUUUGCAACAAGGUAUACCUCUAUUUUGCCACAAGCUUCGUGGGACAUUUGUGUGAGUUAGUGUCUGUCCGAAAAAUUUUUUUUUCUUUCCCAAAGAUGUGUAAAUUAAUAAUAAGUUAAAAAAAAAAAAAUACCGUUUAGCUCUGGAAGAAAAAUGUUUCGUUUGUUCCCGUGCAACAAAAAAAAUUAUUUAUUAUUUAUUGUCGACAAAUUUGCCACCUUUUGUGUAACUUUCUUAACUGAAGUAAAAAGAGACAAAAAAGA